GGUCUUCAAUUCUUAACCAAUAGACACACACACAUUCAAUUCCGACCAAUGAAAGCUUAUCUGAUACUAUUUAAAAAACAGGACCGAUCCUCCUGAAAAUACUUUGCUUACUUGUGUGUGUGUAGGAAAGUUGUAUUCAUUUGAAUGUUUUACGUUUCAUUUUCACGUAGUAAAUAGAAUAAUUUAACCACAAAAAUAUAGUAGGAAAUAUGAAUUUAGCUGUAAGGCAGGUGCUGACGAGGCAAUCUUUCAGAUUAUGUGACAGAUUUGCCCAUAAAACUUUACCGAAACAGAUUCCUAUAACCUCAACAUGUCCUGUUAUACAAUUACGAAAUUACUGCGAAGAGCGGCUGGAGACUCGCAGACUGCCGCAGCUUAUGGAAUUCCCGCCUAUCAUGUGGCCUUCUUUCUUCAAAUUCGUAAAGAAUUGGAUGUUUGCUAACUUCAUCAUCAGACCUUAUUUUGAACCAGAAUUCAGCCUGAAUGAGUUCAUCGAAGCUUCAAAACAUGCCGUUCAGGUUGUUUCAGAUGGUCUACAAAAGAGUGACUUUAAGUCCCUAGAAGGCCUAGUAGAUAAGGAAGCCAUUGAUGUGCUGAAAUCUGCAAUUUCAAAGCUUUCUGUAACGCAGAGGCAGCUGUUAUCUAUUGAAAAGGAGGACAUUUUCUAUGCUUUUCCUUACCAGAUUGGAGUAAUGUUUGAUGAUGCAGACAAGCGCUGGGUAGAAAUCACGAUGUGUUAUCAUGUGUUCAGAGGGCUGAAACAUUUGAAGGAAGCUGGUGAUCUACCCCCUAUAACUGUCGGGGUGCAACCAGAGUACCAAGACAAGAUAUUCAUACUAAACUACAGAUUCAUAAGAGAGUUCACUAAAGGCGUGGAAGACAGUUGGUGGAUAAACAUUGUGAACCACUUCCAGCCACAAACGCUUAUAAAGAAAUAAUAUUUUUGAUGUCCUUGCUAAUUGCUAAUUUCGAAGCUUCCAUUGUUGUACAAUAAAUGCAGUUAAUUGUUAGUA